UUGAUUUCUUCGAAUUCAAGUAACCAUUGUUGAAUCAUGGAGCUCAAAGGGAAUGAUUCUGGGAGGCGACAUGGUUCAUCUCCGUCGGUCAUUGUAAUUGGUGGAGGUAUCUCAGGGGUAGCUGCUGCACGUUUCCUUCAGAAUGCUUAUUUCAAGGUGCUCUUGCUGGAGUCACGAGAUAGACUUGGUGGUCGCAUACACACUGACAACUCAUUUGGUUGUCCAGUUGAUCUGGGAGCUUCAUGGCUCCAUGGAGUGUGCAAUGAAAAUCCUUUAGCUCCUUUGAUACGGCGGCUGGGGCUCACUCUGUAUCGAACUAGUGGUGACGACUCAGUGCUUUAUGACCAUGAUUUGGAAAGCUGCAUGCUGUUUGGCAUGGAUGGUCAUCAAGUUCCUCAUAAUACAGUUGCUGAAGUAGGAGAUGUAUUCAAGAAAAUCCUCGAUGAGACUGAGAAAGUGAGAAAUGAGAAUAGUAAUGACAUAUCGGUUCUUCAAGCAAUAUCUAUUGUAUUGGACAGGCAUCCUGAGCUGAGGCAAGAAGGAGUCUCUCAUGAAGUACUGCAGUGGUACAUAUGCAGAAUGGAGGCAUGGUUUUCUGCCGAUGCAGACACGAUCUCUUUGAAAACUUGGGAUCAGGAGCAAGUUCUUACGGGUGGUCAUGGACUAAUGGUGCAGGGUUAUCACCCGGUGAUUGAGGCAUUGUCAAAAGAUAUUGAUAUUCAUUUGAAUCACAGGGUAAAGGCGAUUACGGAUGGGUAUAACAAAGUGAUGGUUACAGUUGAGGAUGGGAGGAAUUUUGUUGCGGAUGCUGCUAUAAUAACUGUGCCUAUUGGGGUCCUCAAAGCCAACUUAAUUGAGUUCAAACCAAAAUUGCCAGAUUGGAAGCUUUCUGCAAUAGCAGAUCUUGGUGUGGGCAACGAAAACAAGAUUGCAUUACGAUUUGAUACUGUAUUUUGGCCAAACGUUGAAUUGUUAGGCAUUGUUGCACCUACCUCUUAUGCUUGUGGGUAUUUUCUUAACCUCCACAAGGCAACAGGGCAUCAAGUCCUUGUCUAUAUGGCUGCCGGAAGACUUGCUUAUGAUGUAGAGAAAUUAUCAGACAGGGAGGCGGCUGAUUUUGUUAUGCGUCAGCUGAAAAAAAUGUUUCCUGAUGCACCUGAACCUGUUCAGUAUCUUGUAUCACGCUGGGGAACAGAUCCGGACUCCCUAGGAUGCUAUUCGUAUGAUCUGGUUGGAAAGCCAACAGAUAUAUAUGAUAAGCUUCGAGCACCCUUAGGUAAUCUAUUCUUUGGAGGCGAAGCUGUCUGUAUGGAUGACCAUCAAGGGUCCGUGCACGGUGCCUAUUCAGCUGGAAUCAUAGCUGCUGAAGAUUGCUGCCAGCAUCUCAUUAAGAGACUUGGAAGUGUUCAACUUGUUUCCUCCAGGGAAGAAAUUCUCAAAUCCAUUGUUCCCCUCAAGAUUUCCAGGAUGUGAUCAUCUUCCAACAAAAUCAUAAC